AUGGCCGGAUCUCUUCUAGCCAAGCUCCCUACAAAUUUCUCUAGUACUACCAAGACCAUCCAAGACUUUGAUCAUCUCAACCUCACUUCAACAUUGACGAUAAGGACGUAUACCAAAGAUGAAAAAGGCCUAUUCAUCAACACAGUUUCCGAAAGGGCACUUAACUUCACAGGUGCGCACCGAUUGUUAACCAAGGCUGUCGAUAGCAAUGGUCACAACUGUUCGUACUACAUCGAUAUCCGGCGACAUUCGGCUCCUCAAAUCAACGCAGCACCAGCCAGCAUCGAGCUGACAGACAAUGGUGCGAUCCUAAAUGUUACAAAAGUCGAUGUGGUAACGACAAAGCCAGCCACUGGUCUUUCAAAUUUGAGCAUCUGCAAUGCAUCCGAGCUAACCCUGAAGGCGAUGUUUGAUUUUCAGAAUGUCGGCGAAUUGAAGUACAUGCUAAUAGCAAACGCGUCUGGCAUAUAUGACUCGAUCACGGGUGAUCAUACUAUCAAUUUGACAAUCUGCGCUGUGGAUAACAUCAUGAACGAAACGCAAAGUGUUGAGACCGAUUCUGGCUACAAAGCUUGGCACAAUGGUGCAGCAAACAUCUCGAUUUCAAUUCUCCUCAAGAAAGUCGAGUCACUAGCACCUUAUACAACAACCACGUCCAAAAUUUACACUGGAUCACCUUUAACCCCCAACGACACGGUCACUAUGAACACACCCACAGCGCUCCGACGCUCCCAGUCUAGUUCACCGACAAUUCUCCGAUCCACCCAUGUACCUCGCAUCACAUCAUCGGUUACUGAGAGCAUUGUAAAUUCAACUGCAAGUGAAUUCGGUUCAACUACCAUAACGGAACAAGAUUCGUGGCCCAGCAACCAGGCUUCUAUCUCGUCUACAGCGACAACGCUAGGAAGUGGUGCUAGUGGUGAAGGAUUGCCUCUACAGACUGUGACCGAAAAAGUGACUGAGGAAUGUCUGAACGGAACCCACAAUUGUUCUAAACAUGCUACUUGCGAAUACAACGACUACUCGCCCAACAACUACUCCUGCAGGUGCGAUCGAGGAAAAGCUGACUGCUUUGCAACCGUGUUCGACUCUCAGGUCUUGGGCCACUGUGCUAAAGUCGGGGAGGUGGUGAAGGUCGACUGCAUAGAUGACUACAUUCCUACUAAAUCACCGUACAUGCUAUGCAAGCACUCUAAGUUGGACAAUGUUACACAGUACAAUGUUACAGCUGUCUUCUGUCAACCUGAAUGUUCUGUAGACUCCGGUUUGCGGGUGUAUAUGUCAUCCAACGCAAUGGAAGGAUCUCUUCUAGCCAAGCUCCCUACAAAUUUCUCCAGUACUACCAAGGACAUCAAAGACUUUGAUCAUUCCAAUCUCGCUUCAACAUUGACGAUAAGGACGUAUACCGUGGAUGAAAAAGGCCUAUUCAUCAACACAGUUUCCGAAAGGGCACUUAACUUCACAUUGUUAGCCAAGGCUGUCGAUAGCAAUGGUCGUAACUGUGCGUACUACAUCGAUAUCCGGCGACAUUUCGCUCCUCAAAUCAACGCAGCACCAGCCAGCAUCGAGCUGACAGACAUUGGUGGGAUCCUAAAUGUUACAAAAGUCGAUGUGGUAACGACAAAGCCAGCCACUGGUCUUUCAAAUUUGAGCAUCUGCAAUGCAUCCGAUCUAACCCUGAAGGCGAUGUUUGAUUUUCAGAAUGUCGGCGAAUUGAAGUACAUGCUAAUAGCAAACGCGUCUGGCAUAUAUGACUCGAUCACGGGUAAUAUUACUAUCAAUUUGACCAUCUGCGCUUUGGAUAACAUCAUGAACGAAACGCAAAGUGUUGAGACCGAUUCUGGCUACAAGGCUUGGCACAAUGGUGCAGCAAACAUCUCCAUUUCAAUUCUUUUCAAGAAAGUCGAGUCACUAGCACCUUAUACAACAACCCCGUCCAAAAUUUACACUGGAUCACCUUUAACCCCCAACGACACGGUCACUAUGAACACACUCACAGCGCUCGGACGCUCCGAGUCUAGUGCACUGACAACUCCCCGAUCCACCCAUGUACCUCGCAUCACAUCAUCAUCCGUUACUGAGCGCGUUGUAAAUUCAACUGCAAGAGAAUUUGGUUCAACUACCAUAAUGGAACAGGAUGCGGCGCCCAGCAACCCGGCCCCUAUCUCAUCUAUGGCGACAACGCUAGGAAGUGGUGCUAGUGGUGAAGGAUCGCCUCCACAGACUGUAAUCGAGCCUGAUGUGAACGAAUGCGUGGAAGGAGCGCACAGCUGUUCCGACCUUGAAGCUUGUGAUACCACCACCAGACCAUUCACUUGUAAAUGCAAUCUAGAGAACGGAAUCUGCAAUUUGAACGUGUUCAACUCAACGAUUAUCAGCCACUGUGCUAGAAAUGGUGAGCUGGUGAAAGUCGAUUGCGUAGAUGGCUUCAUUCCUGACAGAUCGCCGUACAUCAAAUGUUCAGCAAAUGACGUCCUGUGCCGACCUGAAUGUGAUCCGGAAUUUCCUCUGCGGGUGUAUCUAUCAUCCAACGCAAUGGUUGGUACUCUUCUAACCAAGCUCCCUCUGAAUUUGUCCAGUGACAUGGAUGAUAUCAAAGACUUCAAUCACACCAAUCUCAGCUCAGGGUUGUCCACUAGGAAAGAUGCAGGAGAUGCGCUGGAACUAAUUGUAAUCAAUACGUCUGAAGCCAUACGGAGUUCAACGCAUUUACACCAGUUGACCGUUAAGGCUCGCAAAAGCGACAGAUACGACUGUUUGUAUUACAUCCUCAUCCUGGUGCAUAGUGCGCCUCGGAUCGAUAACGCACAACCUUUCCAAAAUAUUGCCUUGGAAGUGGAGCAGUAUGGUGGUUACGUCAAUGUCACACCAUUCUCUGUGACCGUAUUCGAGCCGGCAACUGAUCUUUCAACUUUGACCAUAUGCAACGCCUCUGAUCCCAAUAUGAAGGCAAUGUUUGAUAUCGAAACUCUCGGCAACUGGGAAUACAUGCUCACUGCAAAUCAGUCUGGCCUUUACGACUUGAUGACUGAGAAUCAGACAAUAGCCUUGGGGAUCUGUGCUGUAGAUAAUAUCGUCAAUGUGACGCAAAGUGACGAGAAUAGUAACGGGACUAGCUAUGUCGCGUGGCAUGAUGGCGCAACAAACCUCACAAUCUCUAUCGUUCUGAUUAAGGUGACGUACACAGAACCCUUGGAUAGCCCUGGGACAACACCUCAAUCCACCAAAACAUCGAAUAGGCGCGUAACGACACAAAAACUGCCCAUCACCUCUACCUGGCCCACAACAAAACACAAUCCUCCAACAACUUCUAUUCAGCGCGCCGCAACCAGUAUACCACUUUCAAUGUCCAGUAGGCUCGCAACGACCCACGCUCCAGCCACAACCUCUACUAAGUCGUUGACAACACAUGCACCACCUACGACUUCUCCAGCAGCCACAACAUACACAGUACAGAAAAUGCUGCCGACGCCGGAAACAACACACGAGCCACCCACAACAUCUAUCAGAUCCACAACCUCGCAGAAUAUACCUACACCUUUAACGAAACCCACAAUACCACAGAACACGCCUAUAGCUACAAGCAGGCUGACAACAGGCCAGAAGCCAACCACGACUGCUGCAAGGGCCACAACAGCGCAAACACUACCCGCAACUUCCACUAUGCCCAGAACAACUACACCCAACAUGCCCAGAACAACUACACCCAGUUCACCCACAACUUCUACAAAGCCCAUCACGACACAUAUACCAUCCACAGGGUCCAUGUGGACUGCAACAGCACCCACCACGUUCAAUUCGCCCCCAGUUACAACGAGACAAAGACCAGAAACAAUGUCUACUAGGCGCGUAACAACACACAAGACUACCACAACGUUUACCAUGCCUGGAACAACGCAAACGCCAACCUCAACUUUAGCAACUUCAGCCACAACACACAACGUACCCACGACUUCCGCUAGUCCCAUUACAACACCCAAUCCACCCACAACGUACAUUCUGUCUACAACAACACCCACACCACCCACAACGUACAUUUUACCGACAACAACACACAUACCACCUUCAACCAUGACAAGGCCAACAACAACACCCAAUCCACCCACAACGAACAUUCUGCCUACAACACCAUACAAACCACCUUCAACCAUGACCAGUCCAACAACAACACCCAAUCCACCCACAGCGUACAUUCUGCCUACAACAACACACAUGCCACCUUCAACCAUGACAAGUCCGACAACAACACCCAAUCCACCCACAACGUACAUUCUGUCUACAACAACACACAUGCCACCUUCAACCAUGACCAGUCCAACAACAACACCCAAUCCACCCACAACGUACAUUCUGCCUACAACAACACACAAACCGCCUUCAACCAUGACCAGUCCAACAACAACACCCAAUCCACCCACAACGUACAUUCUGCCUACAACAACACACAAACCACCUUCAACCAUGACCAGUCCAACAACAACACCCAAUCCACCCACAACGAACAUUCUGCCUACAACAACACACAAACCACCUUCAACCAUGACCAGUCCAACAACAACACCCAAUCCACCCACAACGUACAUUCUGCCUACAACAACACACAUGCCACCUUCAACCAUGACAAGUCCAACAACAACACCCAAUCCACCAACAACGUACAGUCUGCCUACAACAACAUACAUACCACCUUCAACCAUGACAAGUCCAACAACAACAACACCCAAUCCACCCACAACGUUCAUUCCGCCUACAACAAAACACAUACCACCUUCAACCAUGACAAGUCCAACAACAACACCCAAUCCACCCACAACGUACAUUUCGCCUACAACAACACACAUACCACCUACAACCAUGACAAGUCCAACAACAACGCCCAAUCCACCCACAACGUACAUUCCGCCUACAACAACACACAUACCACCUUCAACCAUGACCAGUCCAACAACAACACCCAAUCCCCCCACAACGUACAGUCUGCCUACAACAACAUACAUACCACCUUCAAGCAUGACAAGUCCAACAACAACAACACCCAAUCCACCCACAACGUACAUUCCGCCUACAACAAAACACAUACCACCUACAACCAUGACAAGUCCACCAACAACACCCAAUCCACCCACAACGUACAUUCCGCCUACAACAAAACACAUACCACCUACAACCAUGACAAGUCCAACAACAACACCCAAUCCACCCACAACGUACAUUCCGCCUACAACAACACACAUACCACCUUCAACCAUGACAAGUCCAACAACAACACCCAAUCCACCCACAACGUACAUUCCGCCUACAACAACACACAUACCACCUUCAACCAUGACAAGUCCAACAACAACACCCAAUCCACCCACAACGUACAUUCCGCCUACAACAACACACAUACCACCUACAACCAUGACAAGUCCAACAACAACACCUAAACUACCCACAACGUUUGCUACAUCCACAAAAGGACACGUGCCAAUUACAACAAACCAACCACCAAUUUCCUCCAGGCAAGCACCGUCUGCAAGGCCCACAACAAUACAUUUGCCACUCACAACUUCCGAAAUGGCAGCAACGACACCCAAAGCAACCACAACCUCAGCUAGGCCCGAACCAACAAACACGCUACCAGCAACUCCUACCGCGCCCGAAACAACACAGCUGCCACCUACAACGUAUGCUAGUACUGGUAUACCUACAACACCACAAAAACCGGCCGAGGCGAUUGCAACCGUUACCCUAACCGAACCGUUAACUGUUACACCAACCUUGACUUCCAGCAUCAGUCGUCAUCCUGGAUCGCAGAGCACUGACGCAUCGCCACACGCGAACGUUCCACCGAAGGUUUACAUCAGCCAGAGUAUGACCGUCAUGGAGGGUGAUUCCGCAAUAAUACACUGCACCGUGAAUACGACUCUUCCCUUCACUAUACAAUGGUUCAACCGACAUGGCCACCCCAUACGCCAAGGCAUCAACUAUAGAAUCUAUGAUAAAACUCAAACGCUGAAGAUUAUUUCAGUGCGGCAUGACGUACACAAUGGACACAUCAAGUGUGUUGCAAGCGGUGAAAAAUAUCCGGCCAGCAAUGCAUCUACAACAUUAGCAGUUCUAGUGAAACCUUUCAUUUCGCCCAAGCCUCCAGCAAAACGAAGCGCUUUCGAAGGCACUAAGGUGGAAAUCGGAUGCUCCUAUGGCGGAUGGCCCAAGCCCAACGUUACCUGGCAUCGCAUUAAAAAUGGAAGCAAGCUUGCAAGUUAUCCAGGCUAUUGCAAGCCGUUUUGGACCAAAUCUGCAGCUAACAAUGUGUUUCUCUUGGUGAUAAAUGAUCUCCAGACCUGCAAUGGGGGAGUCUAUCGUUGUUCAGUGGCGACCGGAAACCAAUCCGUUGCCUCUGAUGUGAACCUUACAGUAUUUGAGCCUUCUAACUUCGAAUUGUCUGUGACCUUCAGCCAAACUAACAUCAGUGCUGAUAAUUCGUUGGCCAACGAAGUGAAGAGAACAGUGUAUACGUGGCUUCAAGGCAGUCGCCCGAACAUCACGAAUAUCACACUUGGAGAACUGCCACAAAAUAUCGGGUAUUCAGCUACUGUUCGGUUUUCGGUGUCCACAGUAUUCAACGACUCUUUGGCCCGCGGAAACGUCUCACUUUCCGAAGGAUUUCGUGCCUACAUAUUUGCACAAAUAAAAAGAAACAAGGACCCAGAACUUUUGCAGCCUGUGCAAGACUCACUUUAUGUGAUCAGUUUUGAUGUCUGCCCAAAUGAAACCUUAGUGUCGAAUACAGGCAGUGGCAGUUUCCUAUGGCCAGAGACAACGGGAGCUAACACCGUCACACUGGAGUGCCCUGUUGGUUUACAUGGUGUAGGCAAGGCAAUUGCCACGAGAACUUGCUUGGCUCCUUCGAAGAAAGGCGAGAAGGCUGAAUGGGAGGAAGCGAACAUAACUGCCUGCCCUUCUCAAACUACCAAACUGCUUCAAGAACUUUCGCAGGAGAUCAAUAUCACCGAACCAGACGUGCUUGUCACGACAUCGACUGAGCUAGCUAACUUGACAGCAAGGGAUGAGUUCUCAUCAAAGGAUGACGUCGGAUUCGCGGCAACGAUCCUGUUGGGGCUCAGCGAUGCAGCCGAUGGCGAAACACUGAAUUUAAGCAGACAAGACAAGGAAAACGUUGCAAGUACGGUACUAGUGACCGUUGAUAACAUUCUUAACGUUCCAGCUGACGUCAUACAGUCCGAACCUGCAGCAGAGAUUAUACAAUCAGUGGAGAAACUGGUCAAAAUACUGGAUGUACAGGAAGAUAAGCCAUUUCUGCUAGAUGAGGAGAACAUCGGACUUGCCGUCAGCUGUCCAAGCAACCUUGCAGCGACACAGGGAUUUCAAAUGGAUGGGUCGCUCCCAUCUAGCAACUUCUCCGUCGGAGAUCUUGAUGUAUUAGCGAAAGGCAAGUACUGCCAAGCAGGGAAAAUAAAUAAACCAACAAGGGAUGACUGA